AUGUGGUUAUUUCGUGCGUUUUUUCGUUUUAUAGCAAUGCAAAAUAAUCGUGUGUUAUCAAUGAAGAGUAAAAUUAAGAUCGGUAUUACGGACUGUGCUCGGUAUGCAAAUUAUGAAAAAUGGUUUCUUGAUGCCCCUGAAUCCGUUGAUGUUAUAUGUUUAUCUUAUCGUCUCAAUAAUGCUGAUGAUGUUGAAAAAUGUGAUGGUAUUUGUUUAUCCGGUGGAGAAGAUGUUCAUCCUAAGGUUUAUAAAAAACCAGAAGUAUUAGAAAAAUUAAACUUAGUUGAUAUUGAUGAAAAUCGUGAUGAUUUUGAAUUGAAAAUAAUUGAAAAAGCAUUAAAAAAUAAAUUACCCAUUCUUGGAAUAUGCAGAGGUAUGCAAUUAUUUAAUUGUUAUCUUGGAGGAACUCUUAUGCACGACAUUCCAUCUGUUACACAAUUAAAUGGUCAUGGAAAAGUACAAGGUAUUGAUCAACGACAUGAUAUUAAUGUUGCAGAAAAAACACUUUUAAAUGAAAUAACUGGCUGUUUAACCGGUGCUGUUAAUUCAAGUCAUCAUCAGUGUGUUGAGACAUUAGCAAAUGAUUUAUUGAUUGCAGCCAAAGCCGAAGAUCCGGUUGUUGAAGCUACACAAUGGAAAGAUAUAGAUGGAAAUUCUUUCUUCCUUGGCGUUCAGUGGCAUCCAGAACGAAUGCCUGAUCAAGAUAAUCCCUUUGCAUCAAAAAUACGACAAGCAUUUUUAGCACAUAUUAUUGAAAAAAGUGUCAAAUCAAAUACCACUGUCAUACCAACAGCAUCAACCGCUUGUUAA